GGGCCACUAAAGCAUCGUCGUCUUUUUGACAGAUAGCCUUGCAGUCUACCAAAGUUCUUCCACACUGCACUCCCAUCAGAAGGAAAGUAAGCGAGAACAGGACAUUUUUCACCCCAGCCUCUAGGGCAUGGCACUAAUCGGAGAAUGGCCAACAGGAAAAGCUUCCACUCCGUAGCAUUGUAACGAAGUUCGGAUAGUUAAGUUUUGUCUGUUAACUAGAUGUAACUGACAAUGACCGAGUAAGAUUUAAUGGUGCUACUAGAGAGAAAAUAUUUUCAUCUGACGUAGUGCGGAAAAAAAUUAGUUCCUGGUCAAUAAGUGAACGUGUUUAUAUCAGAUGUUAGAUUUUGAGAUGCAUACUUUAAUGUAAAAGUUUUAUAUGUUGACAUUAAUCCUAAGUUCAGCCGUCCAUUGCCGAAAUCAAGUUUGCCAAAAAAUUAGAGGAAACUGUAUCUAGUGCGAAGAAAAUUUUUUAUUCAAAGCAAAAUUGUUGCAAAAUUUAUUUUGGAAAAUGUCUUCCUGCUCUCAGUUGAAUAGUUAAGUGAGGUCGCGAUAAAUUGUUAGAAAUGUGUUAGAAAUUUUAAUUUAAGCAAAGAAUUACACUUAUCAUAACUGCCAACAAAAGCCAUAACAAACGUCUGAACAAAAGAAUCUGUGCGUUGUGAAGGUACCAGCGACCUGCCAAAAUAACAGCCCUUCUGCUGCCUCUGGGGGGUGUGUUCGCGUGUUUGUGGGUGCUAAAAGAAGAGGGGAAAUCGAUUUUUCCUUUCCGCUCGACGUCGCUACCGCUGUCAUCCGGUGGAACAAGGUGCGGAGUGAAGUUUGCUGCAAUAGCUGCCUGCGGGCUGUUUUUCGUCGAUUUCAUGCGGAGGGAAAAGUGGCGUCAAAAUAAUGUGGAAAAGCAUCGUUCCACCCCCGCCGCGCACAGCGUCUGGCUGACCUAAGCGAAUGCAGUCACGCUUUUCACCACUGGCAUACACUGACUGGGAUGUGGGCUGAUUGUUUUGUAUAAAAGGCGGAAAAACUUUAGCUACACUCACACAGACAGAAAGACGGAUAUGCGAACUGGAGAUGAAAAACAGUUAAGGAUUGUACGACUUUGUUGUGUUUGAGUUUGACACAGUAGGCGCAUCGAAAACGACGAUAUGUGAAGAAUCAACAUGCAGUGAAAGUAACACGAAAAAGAUACUGCUGAGAGUGGUUGCUACUCAUGAUCCUAGUAAUCUGAUACGUGUCGCUCGUGAAUAGUGAUGGUUAAGUCAUUGAACUCAUCAAGUACUUACUGCCUGUGCUACCGUUCUCUGCAUUUAAUGCACGUGCGCUAACAACGCGAAACGCAAGUUGAAAACACCUUGAGGGUGCUACCUGUUUCGCUUUGAAACGUCCUUGAGAAAAUCAAAACAAAGAUGCAUCAUAACCACGCGGAGGAGGGGAGGCAUCUGCUGCGUAAUGCCAGUGCUAGUGCUUCUAUUGAUACUCGGUAUGACCACACAAUUGUGUGGCCUUUUCUGAUUCAGAAUGCCAUGGAAAAUCCACUGUGCACCUCAACAACUCCGGCAAACUCAACGGUUUCGGUAUUACUAUGGACUACGAUUGCAGUGUUUGGCAUAGUAUACACGCUACUAGGUUACCGCUGUCUACGAGCAAUCGGGUUUCUCACCGGGUUGGCUGCGGGUGCCGGUUGCAUUGUACUGCUGCAAAGUAAAAAUAUCACAGAGUUCGGCAAUCUGGCCGCGCCAGCGUUGGCCGUCGUUGCCGGACUGUUCGGUGCCAUCCUGGGCUCGACUCAUCCCAUCUCAUCCACGCUGAUUGGAGCUUCGGCUGGAGCGCUGAUAGCGGGUGCAACGAUUGCAACCUGUAUUGCCACACUACCUCACUACAUCUUUGGAGAGAAUGAGCUUCUUGUAUCGGUCGUGGGUGGAGCAAUCAUCUGUGCAAUUAUUACACUAUUCUGUCCCAAACUGAUGUCAAUCAUCGCAUCGAGUAUCCUAGGAUCGGCCAUGAUUCUCUGUUCGAUUGAUUUCUUUAUGCAUGGAUUAAAUACGCUAGAUUGGAUCUUCAACAUUAAACCCGAUCCGACACCCCCACCCUGCUGGGGUGGAGUCAUUCUGUGCUGUUGGCCCAUUGCAUCGGUGCUUGGGAUACUGGUGCAGUGCUUUGUAACUGCUUGGAAAAUUGACCACCGAAGACAGAUGAUGCAACGAAGAAGACGCCACUACAAGGGACGACCGGGUUCGCGUACUAGGGAAACGCGGGAAGAGGCCCGCCAGCGGAAGUACCGCUAUCUCUACCAAGUUCGAACGGCCCGAGGCGACAUAAUUUCGCAAAAUUUCGUAUCCGCCCUACAGAAGCACGUAACCACAGACUCCGGCCCGCCGUCGGAAGUAUCUACCAAGUUGGGUUCGAACGACCGCAACACAGCCCGCAGUGAUCGGACCCACAUGACUAAUCUGCCCGAUUCUGACAUGGACAAGCGCGACUUGAGCUACGAAAAACGUUCACAUUCGGCCAAAUAGCACCAAUACUACUCCUACUAUCCCAAUUAUCAUCACAGCAGCUAUCCGCAGAAGCAAGAGCGCACCUGUUACUAGUCCGACAUUUUCAGGGAAACUCUUAUCUCACUCUUGUUGUGUCAGUUUCCGAUCUCCGCAUGUUAUGUUCAAGUUUUCACGCCUCACUAAAAACUACAGAUUUGUGACUGUACAGAGCAAAUGAAUGGAUAAGAUCGAAGGUAAAUAUUAUGGUAAUCGAUUAGUUUCUGUUUUGUGACAUUGGAAACUGAUGCUCCUUGAGAAGCAAUAUAAAUUGGGGGUGUGCGAAAGGGAAACAAAAAUGGACGAAAAUGCGUUUAAUACGAAGGCAGGCAACCAAAUAAAAAAUGGUUCAGAAAUAUCCAGUAACGUUCUAGGGACCGGAGAAGCACUGUGAGUGCUUUUGCAGUGGAGCUAAGCUUGCGAAGAGAAUGAGGAAACGAUUUUAAAAACCAUACUGUAAUAAUAAAAUACUUUAAAAAACAUUAACUCAAUAACUGAAUCAAAUUCAACGCUACUUACAAGUAAGAUUAAAACGCUACACUUAUUUCUAACUAUUUCUAAAGUAUAGAUAUUAUCAGACCGCAGACCGUUUUAGUUUAAGGCGACAAAGAAGUUACCAAGAAGGCACAAUGAUACCAUAGGAAUGUUUAGAACAGAACAUGGGAAAGCGACGAAUGUGAUUACUUUUUUUCUAUAGUAAAGUAAAACUCAUACUGCUACAAAAUGCAUUUAGACGAAGUCGAAACCGCCGUAGUGGAGAGAAGUUAUUUUUUAUCAAAAGCAAAACAAAGAAACAAAAACAAGUAAAACAGGCACCUGGAAACGAGUUUUGUUUGCAAACAGUUUUUUGCCUCGGAAAUUGUACACAAGUAACGAUAUCGAUUAUGAAAUAGAUGUGCGACCGUUCAUGCAUAGAUGAAAGGAAGAAAAAACUAGGCGCAACCAGAAGCCACGCGCAAAAAGUUACCCCAAUAUAGUAGAGAAAAGUUGCAAUAGAAGCGUUUUUGGUUGUUCGUUCGGGAAUCAAACAAAAAAAAUGACAUAAGUUCAAAUGGUUCAAAUUUCUGACACACAAAUAUAUACCGGAACAAAAUACGACGUGUGAGAAGCGAUUGUGAGGCAAGCCGAUAGUGACAGCAUUGUUGGGACUCAGAACAGUGUGAGAGGUUGCAACUUAGCAUUGCGUCCUCGGUGAUGGUAUAGAGUGAAAGGUAUAAUAAAUAAUAUAAAUGUUCUAGGUUAAUGAGAAGCUCAAAAUAUAUAAAACAUAUUUUGGAAUUAUCUGAAA